CAGUGAGAAGUCACUACCCUCUUGCUUAAACCGACCUGUCGAACUUAUUUCCGCAUCGAGCUGCCCGGAGAACGCCCGUACUUUCGUUUCCUAAUAUCAAUCAACAAUCGUUUCCCACUGAACCACAUCUUGAUGAAAGUUAGAUCUCACCAUCUUCAAUCACUACGGAAGGACCUUGAACUCUAUCGCCAACCACCCGAAAAGCUAAAUCGAACUCCAUCACCGAACCAAUCCAAUUCAAGCCAGCUAGCCAGCCACCUCACCCUCACAUCCAGCCUCUCAGUACACACGUACGUGGCAAUGGCAAACGAAACCCCGCUUGAGCGGGAUGGGGGCCGCGGCAAUGACAGUUACACAAAUGUGGCGCGCGGCCUAUCACCCCUACCCAUACCGAUCAAACACACUAGCAAUAACUACCUGACGCCGCCACAUGUACCUACCUACCUGCCUACUUACCUUAGUCCGGUCAGAAGAAAAAUCAUUCUGAAUGUCCAGGGGCGGUUCUUAUCGCGGGUAGGUACAGGUUACAAUACAUCCAGAUCCCUUCCUCCACGCGAGAUUCGAGAAGAGAGCACAACAUUCGCAUCUCUCACGAGGAUAUGUAAGUGGAUGUAGAUAAUGUGGAUUUGUGGGUAUGGGGUCGGUGGGAUUGAAAUGGCUUUUGCCCCCUUGGC